AUGUCUUCCAAUAAUGACCCUGUUGCAAUUCCAGUGACAGAAGGAAAUUCUGAUGACCCUCCAGGAAAUUCCGAUGACCUUACAGAAAAUUCCGUUGACCUUCUAGAAAAUUCCAAUGACCCAAGCACACUGCGUAGAGAGGCUGUGUUAAGUUUUCAUAACAUCAGCUACCAAGAAACAGUGCAGUGUGGCUUUCCAUUUUGUAAAAAAACACGUGUGGUAGAAAGACUAUCAAAUAUCAGUGGAAUCAUGAAACCUGGCCUCAAUGCGAUUAUGGGACCUCAAGAUGGGUGCAGAUCUUUGUUAUUAGAUGUCUUAGCUGCAAGGAAAGAUCCACGUGGAUUAUCGGGAGAUAUUUUGAUAAAUGGAAAACCUCGACCUGCUAAUUUUACGUAUACUUCUGGUUAUGUGCCACAAAAUGACGUGGUGAUGCCCACGCUGACUGUGAGAGACAACAUAGAGUUCUCAGCUGCUCUUCGACUGCCAAUGACUAUGACAAGAGAUGAAAAGAGAAGGCGGAUUAAUGAGGUCCUUGAACUUCUGCAUCUGAAUAAAGUGUCACAUGUCAAGCCCAGAUCUAAAGAGCUCAGGAAAAGGACCAGUAUAGCAAUGGAGCUGGUCACCGAGCAUCCCAUUUUGUUCUUGGAUGACCCCACCACUGGCAUAGACUUGAGAACUGCAAUAGAUGUCAUGUUGAUCCUGAAUAGGAUGUCUAUGAGGGGACGGACAAUCAUCUUCUCCAUUAAUCAGCCCCCAUCCUUCAUCUUCACACUAUUUGACAGCCUCACCUUAGUGGCCUCAGGAAAAGUCAUGUUUCACGGGCCUGCAGAGCAGGCUUUGGAGUUCUUCAGAUCCGCAGGUAUGGCUGCCUUUUGCCAUGAGAGCUCCUUCAGCUUCUUCAUGAACAUCAUUGUUGGAGGUUUCCUUGCUCCAUUUGACACAGAGGAAGAUGGCCAUGAUGCCAAUGAACAUGAUAAGCUUUCUGAGAGACAGAACCAACUCACAGAAAAAUUAGCCAAUAAGUAUUCCCAGUCCCCCAUAUACAGCACAAUGAGAACUGAACUGGAUCAACUCUUGGGAGAACAGAAGACAGGGAUGAGCCCAGCUUUGGAGGAGAUCACAUGUGUCACCCCUUUCUGGCAUCAAUUCUGGUGGAUUAUCUGUCGUUCAUUAAAAAACUUCAAGGGUUUUCCACGGAUCACUGUAAUUUGGGCAAUUAUCACAGUCUUACUGGCCGUGAUUGUCGGUAUCACUUUCCGUGUCCUAAGAAAUGACUGUACUGAAGUCCAGACCAGAGCUGGCCUGCUCUUCUUGCUCACAGUCUUCCAGUGUAUUACAAGUGUGACUGCGGGAGAGAUUCUCGUGAUUGACAGGGAUCGUUUUCCACAUGAACAUACCAGUGGAUACUACAGAGUGUUAUCGUAUUUCCUUGGGAAAUUGCUGGCUGAGCUGGUACCUAGGAGGCUAUUCCCAAGUAUUAUAUUUACUGUUAUAGUAUUCAUCAUAGCAGGAGUAAACACAGAUGUGAAGGGUUUCUUCACUAUGAUAUUUACCAUCAUGAUGUUGACUACUUCUGCCAGUUCCCUGCCACUGUCUAUAGGGGCAGGGCAGAUUGCAGUGGCUGUACCAAUAGUAAUUGUGACCAUCUACUUUGUGUUCAUGCUGUUUAUCUCAGGUCUAUAUUCCAUAAACAUCACACAGGACUUCUCAUGGAUUCAGUACUUGAGCAUUCCGCAUUUUGGAUUUACAGCUUUGCAGCACAAUGAAUUCUUGGGACAAAACUUCUGUCCAGAAAACAAAACUGCAGAAAUCAGUAGAUGCCACAACUAUGUAAUAUGCACUGGAGAAGAAUUCUUGGCAAUCCAGGACAUUGACUUUUCAUCAUGGGGCUUCUGGGAGAAUCACGUGGCCUUAGCUUGUAUAACGAUUAUCCUCUUAUCAAUUACCUACGUGGAGUUGUUAGCUUUUUCGAAAAAGAGACUUUCUCAACCCCUGUCUGCUGCACACAAACUGAACCAUGAGUCAGUUUCAGAAACCAAAGAGUCUGCCAGGCACCUGCUCAGAACUCUUGGGCUCAUCAGUCAUCCAGAGAAGCCAUGUCAUUCUUGUUACAGGAGACAGGGCUGCCUGUCCUCAGGCCUCCACAGCCUGAGCUAG